UCGGAGUCCUACAUCCAGUGAAGAGGAGAUGGCCCAGAGUUUCUCUGACGGCUCUGGAGGUUUUGAGACAGACAGCUCCAAGGAGGAGCCUGGCCAUGGAGGACCUGGAGGGGAAAGGACUAGCAGGAGGACAGACAGGAGGACAGACAGGAGGGCAGAGAGGGACAGGGCUGCCCGUAGGGAGUCACUGGAAUUCUGUGUGGUCAUCCCUGACCUGCAGCAGUCUAAGUGUAUGAGGUUUAAGCCCGAGGCCACGGUGUGGGUUGCUAAGCAGCAGAUCCUGUGUACACUGACCCAGACUUUGAGGGAUGUGCUGAACUACGGCCUCUUCCAGCCCGCUGUGGAGGGCCGAGAGUCCGGCUUCCUGGAUGAAGAGUGUGCCCUUAAAGACUACCCUACUCCCACCAACACGAAGGGGGUCCCCACUCUGGAGUUCCGUUACAAGAGCCGGGUCUAUCAACAGCCCAAUGUGAAUGAGAAGCAGAUCGCCAAAAUCCACACGCAGGCCAACUACAGGAAAUUAAUGGAUCACAUUCAGCAUCACCAGCUGGAUAAACUAGCAAAAAUGCUGGAGAAAGGCCUCGAUCCCAACUACCACGACCCAGACACUGGUGAAACUCCACUGACCUUCGCUGCCCACCUGGACAAUGUGGCUCAGGUCGUCGUUGUACUGAAACACGGUGGAGCACAUCUUGACUUCAGAUCACAAGAUGGGAUGACCGCUCUCCACAAAGCAGUCAGGGCAAAGAAUCAGGUCACACUGAAGGCUCUACUGGAACUAGGCGCCUCCCCAGACUACAAGGACAGUCAAAGUCUGACGCCACUGUACCACACAGUCCUGGUGGGAGGAGACUCAGGUUGCUGUGAGCUCCUGCUGAGGGCCCGCGCCACAGUCUCCUGCCACGACGAGAAUGGCUGGCACGAGAUACACCAGGCGUGUAGAUAUGGACAUGUCCACCACCUGGAGCAGCUGUUGUUCUAUGGAGCAGAUAUGGGUGUCAUGAACGCCUCUGGAAACACGGCUCUACACAUCUGUGCUCUAUACAAAGAGGAACACUGUGCCAGAGUACUGCUUGUUCGUGGUGCCAACAAGGAAGUGAAGAACUACAGAAGCCAGACACCAUUCCAGGUGGCCAUCAUCGCAGGAAACUUUGAAUUGGCAGAAUUAAUCAAGAACCAUAAAGAGACUGAUAUUGUGCCUUUCAAGGAGGCGCCAGCCCAACCCACCCGGCGCCAGCAGGCCCCACGGAGUACACUAGCUGCUCCACGGUCUAUGCUCCUACGCUCCAACAGCGACAACAACCUGAACGUGAACAACCGGUCACCCCUGCCCUCGCCGUGCCACUCUCCCCUUCAUAGCCUCUCCCCCCGUCAGCCCCAGCAGCAGCAGAUGCCCAGCCCCAAUGGAACAGUCAGGACCAUGGGGAAGGGGGCUCCCCGCCCUCCCCGUUCACGUUCGCCCUCCCUGGGGCGCCUGGGGGAGGAGACACCCAGACAGAUCCCCCAGCGCCAGCCCAGCCCACACAAGGGUCGGGAAGAGUUCACUGGUGGCACAGACCGCCAGGGGCCCCAGUGUAAGCUGUACAGUGCUGUGGCAGGGAAGCACUUUGUGGUGACUAAGUCCUACCAGCCACAGGCCGAAGGGGAGAUCACCCUGUACCAGAACGACAGGGUCAAAGUGCUCUCCAUAGGUGAGGGUGGUUUCUGGGAGGGCAGUGCCAGGGGUAACGUGGGAUGGUUCCCAGCAGAGUGUGUGGAGGAGACCCCUAACCAAGAGGAAAGACCAUAUGCCCGAGCAGACAGGGCUGAGAGGAGGAAGCUUUUCAGGCACUACACCGUGGGGUCCUACGACAGCUUUGAUGCAUCAAGCAACUGUGUUAUUGACGAGAAGACGGUAGUCCUACAGAAGAAGGAUAAUGAGGGAUUCGGGUUUGUGCUGCGAGGGGCGAAAGCGGACACGCCCAUCGAGGAGUUCACCCCUACACCCGCCUUCCCUGCCCUGCAGUACCUGGAGUCUGUGGACGAGGGCGGGGUUGCAUGGCGGGCGGGGCUUCGCAACGGAGACUUCCUCAUCGAGGUGAACCAGGAAAAUGUUGUGAAGGUGGGCCACAAACAGGUGGUCAAUACGAUCCGACACGGGGGCAACCGGCUCAUCAUCAAAGUAGUGACAGUUAGCAGGAAUCUGGACCCUGAUGACACGGCCAGGAAGAAAGUGGCCACACCUCCACGUAGGACUCCUCCCGCUGCCCUGUCCAUGGCCAUGCGCUCCAAAUCCAUGACCUCAGAGCUGGAGGAGCUAGAUAAAGUGGAAGAGAACAUGCCUCCUCAGAAGCCCACGUGGGACAACUCUAACACUGACAUAAGGGUCGCAAACACGGUCAAAACGCGGCCCAACAGCAGGUGCUUGGCCAUGAACCCAGAGAUGAAUUCCAUGUGUGAGAGCCAGGACGUGUCGAUGCAGACCCAGACCCAGCCCAGAGAGCCAGGCAGCCCCAGAGGUCGAGGCCCCUUCCUGGGGGUGCCAAACAGACAGGGGACCAUGAGACGACAAAAGUCCAUAGGAACAUCUGGUAUAACAGAAGAGGACGCCCCUCAGUUCCUGACCCCUCCCAUGUUGAAAUUCACCAGGAGCCUAUCAAUGCCGGACACAACAGAGGACAUCCCACCCCCUCCCGCUAUCUCCCCUCCAUCUCCCCCUUACAACAACGACCCCAACCCCCAGGGCAGAGGCUACGGCACUAUCAGACACACUGUUCCCAAAGGCACCGCCCCUGAGCGAGGAGGGGACCCCAACACGGGCGGCAGUGACGGAUGGAGGGAACAGGGGGGUAUGUACCACACAGAGCCCCAGUCGGAACAGUAUCAGUCUGAGGACCACCACCACCAGGGUAGCCAGAGUCCAGGCCAAGGCCUCACAGCCCAGCAGAGCUUCCUGAACCGCAGGGCCCAGAUCCCAGAGAACCCAUACUCAGACCUGGGGAAGAUGGGCAACCUGGGCCUGUUUGCCCCCAACAAACCUCAGAGGAGGAAGGGCAUGCUGAUGAAGCAGAACAAGAUUGAGGACAGCCCAGAGAAGACCUGCACCAUUAAAAUCCCAACCAUCAUCAUCAAGGAGCCGUCUACAUCCAGCAGUGGGAAGAGCAGCCAGGGCAGCAGCAUGGAGAUAGAGACUGGAUCCCAUGACCACCCGGGACAACUCCGUCCGGACGACGGACACAACCCCAGCAGUCCCUUUGCCACGGCCAUGGCGGGCGCAGUGCGGGAACGUGAGAUGAGGAUGGUGGAUUCUCACCAGAACUCCCCAUCCUACAGGUUCACCGAGCAGGGUGAAGAAGACUCGUCUCCCGCGCCUGCGCCUCGCCUCCGCCACUCCAAGUCCAUCGACGAGGGAAUGUUCAGUAGUGACGAGCGCCUGCGUCGCCUCAUGGCCCCACCUGCCUCACUACUCAGCAUCCCCAGAAGAGGGGGUAACAUGACUGUCUUCAACACCCCGGAGACCACUGUUGUGAGAGAGCCGCUACACACCCGCACUGGCCACCACAGCCCGGUCAGUCUGCCCGCCAAGACCUAUACCUCCAGUAGUGGGCGCUAUGUCCACCCAGUCACAGGGAAGCCUUUGGACCCCAACUCCCCUCUGGCCCUGGCUCUGGCUGCACGGGACCGGGCCAUGAGAGAGCAGUCCCAGCCACUCCCGCUGAAGACCGAACCACCUAAACCUGACCUGAACAAGCCUCUGUUCAUCGACACCAAGCUGAGGACCGGCAUGGGCGCAAAUUUCUCCUCGACCGCCACCAUGGGUCGACCGGGCAGGGCGGGGCUUCGUAGGCAGAUGACAGAGGCAAAGUACGAGACAGAGUCCAAAUACGACCACCCGUUGGCCAAAGACAAGGACAAUAGUCUAUCCCGUCCUCAGAGAGAAGAGGAGAAGAAGAACAUGUUGAUAGACAUUGGUGACACGUCUCAGCAGAAGUCACCUGGGUUGCUGAUGGUCCACACCACUGACGAGAACAACCUGUCUGAGGGGGAGAGGGACGCAGCGGUCAGUCCAGACAGCGCCCCCAGUGAGCUCCGGGACCCCAACCAACCUAACAUCCUCAAAAUGGCCUCCCCUAACCCCCAUAACCCUCACUCUAUGGGCCCUGGACCCAGAGGUAGUAAGACCAUGAUCACCGUCACCUCAGUGGAUGAGCCGGUCAAACUACCCUUCGGUAUCCCCCCUCCACCCUGCGUUCCCUCCGUGGACAUCGACGAUGAGUUCUUUGCUGACCCACUGCCACCGCCGCUCGAGUUCGCCAACAGCUUCGACAUCCCAGAGGACCAAAAGGGAGCGAUCGCUGAGCUCCUGAAACAGCAACGAAACGCUGGCAGGGCACCAUCGUCUCUAGCCCCCUUCUAUCCCUAUCACGGUAACACCCCAGGCCACCCUGACCAGACUAUGAUCAAACGGCCUGCGGUGCUCACCAACUGUACACCCCCCUGCUUCCCACACGCCCUCUUGGAGAGCUACGAUCAUAUCAGUGACUCUGGCAUUGAUGUGGAGCCGGACAGCCGCAGUAUUGGAGACCCCCAGCUGGAGACUACAAGCACUAUGUCCACCGUAUCCAGUAUCUCCACGCUGUCGUCCGAGGGUGGCGAGGUGCUGGACAACACAUGUACAGUCUAUGCAGACAGACAGGCCUUUCUGGUGGACCGGACUUCAAAGUCAAGAACCAGGCAACCUGCCGCAAACAAGAGCAACGCACUUUACAAGGACCCUGCCUUGAUGGAUAGAGAGGAGAACAUAAGAACUUUUGCCGCACCUUCCUCCGUCCCACCGCCUCCCCCCGGGGCCAGCGUCUCCUCAGAACCCCCCAGAACACCCACUCAAAGAACCUCCAAGUUAUGGGGAGACCCUCCAGGCUCUAAUCCCCAGGACAUGCAGAACAAGGACAGGACACCAAAGCCAGGAGAGGGGAUAGACUCUUCUUCCUCAGGAUGUAGGACUGUUUUUGGAUCAAGGGGUCCGGACAGUGGGUCCCUCUCCUCAGGUACACAGCGGAAUACCACAGUCUCUUUUGCUGCCCAGCUCCCUCCGAACGUGCCUGCCCCAUCUCCAAACCGACAGACCGAGAGCCCCUCCCACCACAGAGCCCCCAGCCCCAUCCUCUCUCCCCCAGACUCAGGCCUCGGCUGUGCCUCCUCUCUCCCUGCCACCUCUCCCACCCUUUCAGACGUGUUCGGCCUGCCCACCCCCCCUCUCAGCCUGGGCACGGGGAGCAGCCGCUCGCCCUCCCCCCUCACCCUCAUCCAGGCCGUCUCCAACAAGCCUUUUGCCACCAAGCCGGUUCUGAUGUGGAGCAAACAUGAUGUGGCCGACUGGCUGGAGAGCCUAAACCUGGCUGAGCACAGAGACACCUUUAUGGACAACGACAUCGAGGGCAGCCACCUGCCUAGCCUGCAGAAGGACGACCUCAUAGACCUAGGGGUGACCAGGGUCGGACAUCGGAUGAACAUAGAGAGAGCUUUGAAACUUCUGAUGGACAGGUGA